AUGGGGUCCUGCCGCGAGCCAGGGCCUAGAGACGGGGUGAUGGUGACAUGGCUGCAGGUAGCCGUGAACGCUGAGCGGCUGCUCGAGCCUGAGGUGGUUGCAUGCGGGUUGCUGCCCUCGCCGAUGGCUUCAGACCAAGUAGAAGUGAUGCUGUGCGUGAACCCCGUUAUCCUCCACGAGAGAAAUCCAUCCUGCGUGGGAAGAACACGCUCGUACCGUGUGACGGAGCUGAACGAACCUCUGUCCAACGAAGAGAGGAACCUGUUGUCCGUCGCCUACAAGAACGUGGUGGGGGCGCGGCGCUCCUCUUGGCGAGUGAUCAGCAGCAUCGAGCAGAAGACCUCUGCCGACGGAAACGAGAAGAAGAUCGAAAUGGUGCGGGCUUACCGCGAGAAGAUCGAGAAGGAGCUGGAAGCGGUGUGCCAGGAUGUGCUCAGCCUACUGGACAACUACCUGAUCAAGAACUGCAGCGAGACGCAGUACGAGAGCAAAGUCUUCUACCUGAAGAUGAAAGGGGACUAUUACCGUUACCUGGCCGAAGUGGCCACUGGCGAGAAGAGGGCGACCGUGGUGGAGUCUUCGGAGAAGGCCUAUAGCGAAGCCCAUGAGAUCAGCAAGGAGCACAUGCAGCCGACCCAUCCCAUCCGGCUGGGCCUGGCGCUCAACUACUCCGUUUUCUACUACGAGAUCCAGAACGCGCCCGAGCAGGCCUGCCACCUGGCCAAGACGGCCUUCGAUGACGCCAUUGCUGAGCUGGACACCCUCAACGAGGACUCCUACAAGGACUCAACGCUCAUCAUGCAGCUCCUCCGCGACAACCUAACGCUCUGGACGAGCGAUCAGCAAGACGACGACGGCGGAGAAGGCAACAACUAGACCCCCCCGAUGGACUGGCAGCCGCACGCUGAUGCUAACUACUGCAGUCUUUAUUUUUUUCCCACGAGUGGGGGGGGGGUCAGGGGUGGGGGAGGGAAAGGGAGGGGUCACCUUCCCAGGGAGCCCCCCCACAACCUGUCUUUGAUUGCCUCGUUGACAUUUUUGCCAAAACACCACUAGUGGAAGUCAGGCUGGCUGUGCUGGUAUGGAAUAGCGGCCUCACUGGCAUAUGGACUGUUCUGUAGAUUAUUAAUACAAGUGGAGCUGUCUUUAAUUUAACUUUAUCGCUAGGAAUAAAAGGGUUUUAAGGUGAAUU